GAGCUUGAAAACGGCGGAGUUGUCGAUGAGGCGGACGAACCUGCGCACAAACUUCUCAACAUCAGUUUAACCUCCGACCGCAGCACGACCUCCUCCCCUCGCUCCGUCAGCGACACUGUCAGCAAAGCAGCUCCUCGUUCUCCUGCCAUUUCUGGAGACAUCUUCCGGGAAGAGUCGAGCACCCGGACAAUCGCAGAGAGCUCGUCUGUCCCGUCAGCGCCGCCUCCGCAGAAUCAAACAGCAUCCUGGAAGUCCAGGAACUUGGAGCUGUACUCAGACACGGUGGAGGCUCUGAGGAACGCCGUCAGACUGAAGGACAAGUUCAACAGGCUGGAAGCUCGUGUGGCGGCGCUGGAGGAAGGAAAGGUGGACCACACACAGCUGACUCCGCUCAGAGACGCCAUCACCAACAAAGGUUUUCAGGAUGUGUCUAAAAACCUGAUGGAUCAACUGAAGCAGCAAACAGCUUUGAUAAGCAGCUUGAUGAGUGACCAGGAAAAGAGCGAGGAGCUGGUGAACGACGUGAAGACGGCGAUGCUUCAUCUUCAAACAGAGUGUGAGAACCUGCAGGAAACAACCAGGAGUCUGCAGGAGGACGGCCGACAGAUGCAGAGACACAUCGAGAAAGCUGACAGAUGUGCUCUGGACAACAAAGUGAGUCGUCUGCAGUUUGACUCUGUGACGGAGCAGCUGAACGCCAUGUUCCACGAGCUGCUGCUCAAAGUGACGGGGCAGGAGCAGGACUGGCACAAAGUCGUGGACAAACUCUCCACAGAGAUGGAGCACAAGCUCAACAGGAUUGAGUUGGACUCAGUGAAGAAGCAGCUGGAGGAUCGCUGGAGGAACAUCCACGAGAAGCUGCAGACUCAGGGAGCUCCAGAACACGAGGACGCCGCCGGUAUCAGGAAACGACUCGUGGACAGAUUCCACUGCCUCUCCUGUGACCGACCUGUCGUCAAGCACACGCCCGGACCGUGAGUUCAUGGCUCAGUGAGAAGAACCGAACA